AUGUAUAUAGAAAUAACAUUAAAAUAUGUGAAACAUACUUAUACUCUUUUGAUUAAUAUAAUUGAUUUAGUUGAUUAAGGUAGUUUGAAUAAAUAUUGUAUUUAGAUUGGUUUAUUGAUUUGAUGAUAUUGUAAAGAUCAAGAGAUUCAUUUGGAGAGAGAAGGAUAAUUGAAUCUGAGUGA